AGGACUUUUAUCUCUCGCCCUACCGCAUCACAUGAUACUGAGUGAACAUGGCUUCUGUUCAGUGGCACUCUCGUAGUCGUAAAUAUGAAUAUGAGAGGCAGAUGUGUCGCCUGGAGGCUUCAGCUGUGGAAUUCAAUGACUAUCAUCCACUUAAAGCCAUCACGGUGACAGAUUCUAAAUCUCGUCGUAGUGUGCGUAAAGGCAGCACGUCUUCAUCCUCCUCCUCCUCCAGUUCUGUUGCUUUAGAUCCGCUCAGCUCUAUGCUUGAUGGGACCGACCCGCUGUCCCUGUUUGCUGCAACAUCUGACAUCCCAACUCUUCCACACAGCAUCUCUGCUGGGGAGUUGGGCAGGAAACGUAAAGAUCAAGAGGAGGAGGUGGGCUCAGACUUUGAGCCUUGGUCAUCUAAGCGUGGAGAGAUUUUGUCCAGAUUCACCACCACAGAGAAGCUCUCAAUAAACCUCUUCAUGGGCUCAGACAAAAGUAAAGCAACCAGCCCCAGCUCAGCCGUGUCAGAUAAGGUACGAACGCGCCUGGAGGAACUGGAUGAUCUGGAGGAGGGCUCUCAGAGGGAGCUGUUGAAUCUGUCCCAGCAAGAUUAUGUGAACCGCAUAGAAGAACUCAACCAGUCUCUCAAAGAGGCCUGGGGUUCAGACCAGAAGGUCAAAGCCCUGAAGAUCGUCAUCCAGUGCUCUAAACUGCUGUCGGAUACUUCAGUCAUUCAGUUUUACCCCAGCAAGUUUGUCCUCAUCACAGAUAUCCUGGACACGUUUGGUGGUCUGGUGUAUGACAGGAUCUGGUCCAUGUGUGCUGAGCCUCAUCCUCUACCAGAGUCAUUUUGUGCAGAUGAUGUGAAUGACACGGCUAAAGAAACGUGUCUCAACUGGUUCUUUAAGAUCGCCUCCAUCAGAGAGCUCAUCCCUCGACUAUAUGUUGAAGCUGCUCUUUUGAAAUGCAACCGUUUUUUGACUAAAUCUGGGAUUCAGGAAACAUUGCAGAGAUUAACGGCGAUGAUCAGAGGAAUAGGAGACCCACUGGUGGCUGUAUAUGCACGAGCGUACUUAUGCAGGGUGGGGAUGGAGGUUGCUCCACAUCUGAAGGACAGUCUGAAUAAGAACUUCUUCGACCUGCUGGCCACGUUUCGUCAGAUUCAUGGGGACAGUGUUCAGAAUCAGCUGGCACAGCAGCGCGUGGAGAUUCCCAUCUAUCUGACCCUUUAUUCUCCUGCCAUACACUGGAUCCUGCAGUGUGUGGCUUACAGAGCACCAGAGGUACUGCUGACAGAGAUGAUGGAGAGAUGCAAGAAGUUGGGAAACAACGCUCUUCUGCUAAACUCUGUCAUGUGGGCGUUCCGGGCUGAAUUUGUGGCUACGAGAGCUACAGACUUUAUCGGCAUGAUCAAAGACUGUGAUGAAGCAGGAUUUCCUAAGCACUUGUUGUUUGCAUCUCUGGGCCGCAGUCUGUCCUGUGCCGAUCCUCCAGAGAACGAGAGACUUUCAAUACUCAAUGAAGCGUGGAAGGUCAUAACAAAAGUGCGAAGUCCACGGGAUUACAUGAGCUGUGCAGAGAUCUGGGUGGAGUUCACCUGCCGUCAUUUCACAAAACGGGAGGUGAACACGGUUCUUGCUGACAUCAUCAAACACAUGACUCCAGACAGAGCAUUUGAAGAUGCUUAUCCACAGCUGCAGUCAGUGAUACAGAAGAUUGUUACCUACUUCCAUGAUUUUUCUGUGCUCUUCUCUAUGGAGAAGUUCCUGCCAUUUCUGGACAUGUUUCAGAAAGACAGUGUCAGGGUGGAGGUGUGUAAAUGCAUCAUGGAGACCUUCAUCAAACACCAGCAGGAGCCGACGAGAGACCCGGUCAUACUGAACGCUCUGCUGCACAUCUGUAAGACCAUGCACGACUCUGUCAAUGCUUUAACUCUCGAUGAUGAGAAGAGAUCUCUUGCUCUGCUUAUCAAUGGAUUUAUACGGAUGGUGUCAUUUGGGAGAGAUUUUGAGCAGCAGUUGAGUUUCUGUGUGGAAGCCCGGGCGACGUUCUGUAACCUGGAGCCUGUCAUCAUUCAUCUGAUACAUACGGUCAAUCAGUUAGCCAUGGAGACCAAUCGUGUGAUGAAGGGAAAUCACUCACGAAAAACAGCUGCUUUUGUUAGGGCAUGUGCUGCCUACAGUUUCAUCACCAUUCCCUCACUCACGAGUAUCUUCAGCCGUCUGAAUCUCUAUCUACUGUCAGGACAGGUAGCGCUGGCCAACCAGUGUCUGUCCCAGGCUGAUGCGUUUCUAAAGGCAGCCGUCAGUCUUUUGCCCGACGUGCCACGUACUAUCAGCAUCGAGGGUAAACAGCGUUCAUCAGAGCCUUUUCUUCUCGACCUCAUCAAUAACUUCCUCUCCACGCUGCUGGUGGUGCCGGAUCAUCCCGAGCAGGGCGUUUUGUAUCUGGUGCGAGGGCUGUUAAACAUGGUGCAGGAUUACACCUGGGAGGACAACAGCGACGCUAAAGUCCGCGUCUACAUCAGCGCUUUGCCAUUACUGGCAGCAAUGAGUCAGGAAACCUACCUAUACACCAUUCCUAAAGUGGAUUCCAAUGAAACUCUUUAUGGAGGAGAUCCAAAGUUUAUAGCUGAGAUCAACAAGUUGUGCGAGACUCUUAUUGUUCAGGUUCUGGAUCAUUUAAAGGGUCUGGGGCGAGAUGACGGGGUGCGCAGGCAAGGCGGUCUGGCGUUCUCUCUGUUCGGCUGUCUGUUGGCUCAUGGUGAUCUGCGCAACAACAAACUCAAUCAGUUAACUGUCAACCUGUGGAACCUGAGCCACAAACACGGCUACUGUGACACACGCACCUCGGUUCGAACACUAGAGUACAUAAAACAGCAGUCUCAACAGCCUGACCUGGGUCAUCUCUCUGAUAUAAUCACACGUCUAUCACUGCAAUCCAGACCUCGAGACGUUCUGAUGAACGAGUGACCAUCAAACCCAUCAGACUUUAUGUGGCGUCAAGUGAUGUCCAGCGUAGGUGCUUGGAGACGGUUAAGACAACCGUUCAUGUUUAGAAAUUGAAAUGCAUUACGAAAGGCUUUAUCGAAACAACCUGUGGUGUGUUACAGUUAUAAUAUUCAGUCAUAGUACCCUGCAUAAGCACAGUAUGCACCACAAAUGUGUUUUGACUUUACGUUGAUUAGAACUAAUACAAUUAUCAUUCAUUUCUCAUUUUCUGAUAAUAGUUGGUUGUCUACAUUGUCAGUUUGCACUUCUUUUGUACAGUUGUUGACCAGGUAUUAUGUAAAAUACUCUCAGCAAACCAUGGUUUAAAGACAGAUGAAAGAUGUGUUUGGUCAUUUUAAUUGUGACUUUUCUCUGAAUAAGUCACUAUCAGCAUUGCAAGCUGUAACAAACUGAAAAAUAUCUUAAACAUUCUUCCUGUCAAAGGUUGCUGCAGUAUAGUUUGACACAUGCUUUAAAACAGGACAAAGACACAAUUGUUCCUUAUUUCCACCUGUUAAUAGUUUCAUUAUGUCCUUAAUUCUUGUUGGUGUUGUCCUUAACAUGAUUAAGGAUAUGCAAAUGUUAAACAGCACUUUGUAUUGAUGAAUGGCAAACAUUUUCAGUUGGAGGAUGGGCACAGUAGACUGUGUGUGACCUGUCAUAAGUAAAAAAACAAAAAAAAACAAAUGUGCAGAAUUUUCUUACGGGACCAUAUGGUUUUGAAGUUGUGAAACUGUUUUUAUUUUAUUUUACAGUGAACAAAAUUAUAAACGCAACACUUUUGUUUUUGCCCCAUUUUUCGUGAGCUAAACUCAAAGAUAAGACUUUUUCUAUGUACACAAAAGGCCGAUUUCUCUCAAAUGUUGUUCACAAAUCUGUCUAAAUCUGUGUAAGUGAGCACUUCUCCUUUGCUGACAUAUUACAACAACCCGACAGGAGUGACAUAUCAGGAUGCUGAUUAGACAGCAUGAUUAUUGCACAGGAGUGCCUUAGGCUGGCCAAAAUAAAAGGCCACUCUCAUGCUGCGUUUAGACAAGCCAUGGUAGAGGGGUCAAGCGCGAGUGAUUUAAAUGUUGAGUUGCGUUGACGAGUGUCUGGAGGUCUCGCGCCGCGACUAAUGCGUUUAGUGCGGCAGACGCGCAAAUGGCGUUAAUUGAGCGUUGUUGCGGCAAACGCACAAGUUGAAAAACUAGACGCGGUAGACGACAAUUUGAUGCCUCAAAUGCGGCUGCUGUGAACCCACGGUAAAAUGUGCAGUUUUAUCACACAGCACAAUGCCACAGAUGUGGUACAGAGGUUUUGAGCAUGUUCGGGAUGCUCUGGAUCGGCGUACACAACAGCGUGUUCCAGUAUACAGCAACUUCACACAGCCAUUGAAGAGAAGUGGACCAACAUUCCACAGGUCACAAUCAACAACCACUGCACUGCGUGAGGCAAAUGGUGGUCACACCAGAUACUGACUGGCUCUCAGACCCCCCAAUACAAUAAAACUGCACAUUUUAGAGCGACCUUUUAUUGUGUGCCGAGUAUUGCAUGCUACUGAAAAAAAUAACACAAAUUCAAAAAAGUAAUCACUUAACAAUUUGUUCUAAAUGUUUUAACAAAUAAGUUAAAGGAAAAGUUAUGAAUGUUAAAUUAAACAGUAAAUAAGUAAAAAAAA